AUGAGCCCGCUCAACAGGGGAUCUUUCAUGGAGUAUCCGAAUCACCGUCCCCGAGUACCACCGACCGGCGUGCGUCCGCUUCCGCCGCCCCGAUUCGGCAGCAGAUUUAUGCCGCCGCCGAGGUUCGCACCAGGUGGUUUGCGACCGCCACCGCCGAGACCCGAUCACGGCGUGUCUCGGCCGAACGGCAUGCUGCCGCCCUUGUUUUCCGCCGGUCCCAGACCACGCUGCAUGCCGAUUAUGCCACCGGUAGUCCCACGCGGUUCUGGAGUACCGCGCGGAUUACCAAUGAGACCGUGGCCGCGGAGAAUGCUGCCGCAGCCGCAGCAACAACACCAGAUACCACCAAGAUACAGGUUCAACGCAGGCAACGGCACUGUCAAGGGCAAGUCAAUGAGCGCCACAAAAAAAGUUACCAAACAGGAAGAAAUUGAAUUAAAAAAGCCAUGGAUGACUGAUGAAAUUCGUAACGAGAUUCAAAAGAAAAAUAAAUUGUAUGUUAGAGCAAAAAAGAGCAAAAGUGCUACAGAGUGGGACGAGUUUAAGGAUUUACGAAAUAAAGUAACACGGAUGAUAAGAGAUGCAAAAAAUGAGUUUCUUUCAAAACAUCCUGAACAGGCUCAUCUGUAUCCGAAUGACGAAGAGCCGUACGAUCAAAGAGACGAAAAUUGCGUUAGUUCCGACGACGAUGACAAGUCUUACUAUUGCGAGGUAUGCGACAGGGAUUUUCCAUCCGAAAAUCUUUUUACCAAACAUAAAAAUGAGCACGCAGUUUGUGACAUUGAUGGAUGUACGUUUUCGGCACAUCCGUUACUCGUUGAGAAACAUAUUAAUAUGCAACAUCGUAGUGGUUUAUACGAGAGGAUGAAAAAUCUAUCAACGCCAGAAGGUGUAAAAAACUGGAUAGCGGAGCGAAAAAAAAAGUAUCCUACUGAAGCUAACAAGAAAUUGCGCGAAGCAGAAGAGCUCGAAAAGUUGCAAAGAGGAGAAAUAAUUAAGCAGUCUUCUAAUGUACAAACAAAAAGAACACCGUCGAUAAAUACGCGCGAGAAAAAACGCAGACCUCGUAAACGACGUGUACGCGAAGUAAUUAACAAUUACGCAUCUACGGACGAAGUAUAUAGAGGUUUACGCCCAUUUCGUGGAACAAACAUUCUGGACGAAGAAGAAAAAGAAGAAGAUAGUGGAGUUUGUUUAGAAGAACAAAUAAAACAAACACAUAUAUCUGAAACGAUUAGUGGCAAUAUUUCGGAUGAAGAUGAUAUACCGCAACCAUCUACAAAAGAAGAACACAUUAAUUUAUCUACUUCGUCCGUAUUACCUUCUUUAGUAGCGGAUUAUGGAACGGAUGAUGAUGAUGAAUGUCCAGAAGAAGUACCAAUUAAAAAAACAAAAAUGCAAGACAACCAGGAUAAUAAAGUAAUGGAAAAUACAGAUAAUGAAAAAACUUCUAAAGGAGUGGAGUUUUGCACGGAUAAUAAAUCGAACGAAAGAGAGAAUCACAAUAUUGUCCGUGAGCGUCACGAUAAACAAAAACGUGAAACGGAACGAAUACAAGUCGCGCAACAGAAGAAAGAAAAACUGUUGAACAGAUAUCAUAAUCGAUUGUUGGAAAAACUGCUUGCACGUGACAUACAACAUGAAAGAAAUUUAAUUUGCCAAUGCGUGAAAUAUAUCAUAGAUAACAAUUUUUUUGAUUCCAAUAAUGAUCAAAAUAAUGUACCUAAACAAAAUCUUGUAAUAACUGCGUGAUAAUGUUUUUUUAGUAGCCGCACACAUAUGCACAAAUGUAAUAUUUUUAAUCUACAUACCUGCACUGUAAAAUAGAACAAGUAGUUGCAAAAAGAAAGACUGAAAUAUAUUUUUUUAAAUAGUUGUAUUUCAAUAAGUAAAUACCUUGAUAUAACUUUGUACCACAAUAAAAAAAUAAGUUAAAUAAUAAGUUAUUUGUUAUAAAUUAAUAAAGGAAAG